AUGGAAAGAGGCAGAGUGAGGGUCACUUUUCGAGCGGGCUAUAACCGUAAGAAUAUGUUAAAUAAUUUUUGGCAUUAUUUGCGCCUGCCUAGGGCAGCACUUUUUGUGAAGCUUUUGCUCUGCCUGACUGAUGAGUAGUAUACUGUUCAUUUUUUAGAAACGGCGUUCAAGUCACCACACCAGUCAUUCUCACCGAGGGUCUUAUCGAGUUUGCGGUGGCGCAACUGUGCGCCACCUGACGGCAGACCUCUACCAGACUGGCGUCUUCACUACCGACCAACUGGAUUACCCUUUCCGUCUGGCCAGUUUUUUGAAAGCCCUGGUUUUUCGAGUCUACCGUUCCAGCCCACAGGACAAAAGCUUCGUCGUCCUGUGAACAGCCAACUGCACAAGAUUCGUUCCGGAUUCGUUCGAUUCCCGUACUUACGCUCUAAAAAACGAAGAAGAAGCUUCAAAACUCCUCCGAAGCAGACACUGAAUCCAAAUGAUCCUCUUAAUCUGCAGGAUUUGAUGAACGAAACUGACCGCCGGAGAACUGAGGGCCUUUCACCCCUUCGUGGUGAUUCUCGCUAUAGCACACCUGCCCUGAGUAUCAGCGGUGAACUAAGCAACGCUAGCCCAGCUGUUGGCGCUGCUCUGACCGCAAGCCUUACCCAAAUGGUUAUUGAACGAACUAGAGGCAAGAACCUAUCUUGCAGAGGACGAGGUCAUCCGCGACAUUUUCGCCGCGGCCGCUGGCAAAACAGGCGAUUGCCUGUAAGUGGUAACUAUCCCGAUUAUUACUCCCGUCGAGAUCCGGAGGAUCGCAUAAAGUUUCUCAUGCCUGAGUGGUUUUCUAAUGGCGAUAUAGCUGAUUACGGUUGUCAUAACGGAACCCUUACAUUCCGUAUCCUCGAAAAAUUCCCUGAUAUACACAAGAUUGACGCCUUUGAUUGCGACCCAGAACUGAUUGAAAAUGCCAAAAGUAUGCAGCGGGAAAGGAUCAGAUGGGGAGCUCAGGCUAACACAAAGUAUGACAAAAUCAACUUCCAGGUUGCCAACUGGAGCGAAUGCUCGUCAUUCGAGGAUGAGCCCACGUACAACACGAUCCUUGCUUUCAGCGUAACUAAGUGGAUCCAUCUAAAUUACGGUGAUGCUGGCCUGAUGCGUUUCUUCCGGCGAGUGUUUAACUUACUGAGACCAGGCGGACACCUCCUGCUCGAACCACAGCCAAAAUCAUCGUAUAAGAAAACUCGCUUUACAGUAAGUUUGAUUUUUACCCUAGCAUUUCUCUAGGCUGUGCAACAGGAGAACUAUAAAGGCAUGACUAUCGACCCAUCAAACCUGGAACCUUUGUUGCUGGACGUCGGCUUUUCCUACUUUGACAAAAUUAAAGUUCCUCGUGCCAACGAAGCCUUCCAAAGGCAUAUAAUUUUAUGCUCCAAGUCUUAUGGCGCCACACCGUCAUCCAUCCGCAACGAUUGCCGUAGUGAAAACCAGAUGUGGCGAGAUUCCCCUUCGUCGGAUGGCUCGGCCCCCCGAGGCCCACCUCCCGUCAACUACUGCCCUCAAACACCUAGUUACACAGCCCUCGUUUCCCCCAGGUCGUCCGUGCAUUUUCCUACCCCCGAACCGUCUACUACAACUCCGGAUAGUCUUCAUUUCGAAGCAAUUUCGAGUACUGUGCCGACGGUGGAAACCAUCAGUAGGGUUCCAGUUGAAACAUCCCCACUUCUCUCUAUUGUGGAUAACUCGGACGUCACUGUAUCGGUGCCAGAUUCAACUUCCGAACAGUAA